CGCUGUCCCAGUGUACACGGUGAGGAGAAGCCACGUUGACACCGUCUAACAGAAAUCAGAACUGAAGCUUCAAAACAUUGUGAAUCCCUCCGAAGGUGUGACAUCAUCAAGAUGAGUGUUGGCUUUAUCGGAGCGGGUCAGCUGGCACACGCCCUGGUCAAGGGCUUCACAGCAGCGGGUGUAAUCGCAGCAAACCGAAUCACAGCGAGUUCACCUGACACAGAUCUGCCCACAGUCUCCGGUCUGAGGAAAAUGGGCGUCAAUUUUACAACAAGCAACAAGGAAGCUGCACAUAAAAGCGAUGUUCUGUUCCUGGCGGUGAAACCGCACAUCAUCCCGUUUGUUCUGGAUGAAAUCGGUCCAGAUAUUGAAGAUCGUCACCUCAUCGUCUCCUGUGCGGCUGGAGUCACGAUCAGCUCUAUUGAGAAGAAACUGCUUCAGUAUCGUACGUCUCCUAAAGUGAUGCGUUGUAUGACGAACACGCCGGUGGUGGUGCGCGAGGGUGCGACAGUUUACGCCACAGGUACGCAUGCUGACGUGGAGGAUGGGAAACUGCUGGAGCAGCUGAUGGCGAGCGUGGGGUUCUGUACGGAGGUGGAGGAAGAUCUGAUCGACGCCGUGACGGGACUCAGCGGUAGCGGACCUGCUUAUGCGUUUACGGCACUCGAUGCUCUCGCUGAUGGAGGGGUGAAGAUGGGGUUGCCACGGAGACUGGCGGUGAGACUGGGAGCUCAGGCCUUACUGGGUGCGGCUAAAAUGCUCCUGGACUCCGAGCAGCACCCCGGUCAACUGAAAGACAACGUCUGCUCACCAGGUGGUGCUACCAUCCACGCGCUGCACUUCCUAGAGAGUGGCGGAUUCCGCAGCUUGCUCAUAAACGCUGUGGAGGCGUCCUGCAUCAGGACACGGGAGCUGCAGUGUCUGGCUGAUCAGGAGAAGAUUUCUCUGGCUGCGAUUAAGAAAACCACGCUGGAUAAAGUGAUGCAGCAGCCGGGCAUCACUGCAACAUCAGUGGGCACCAAGAGCAGAGGGAACCUAUUGAACAACCGGACCGGAGUCAAGAAAAACUGAACACUCUUAAAUAUUCACUUACUUACACAGGAAAGGCAAGAUUACCCAGCAUUAGCUGGCAGUGCUGUCCAUCCACAUGUGUACAAACACACACACACACACACACACACACACACACAAACUGACAGACAUUAAAUGAAGUGCUUUAUGUGUCUAUGUGCUGCCAAAUAGAGCACCCCCUCUGGACAGGUACAAUAUUACACUAGUUGUUUAAAGGCACAGUUCACCCAAAAAUUUAAAUUCUGUCAUUUAAUAAAUAACCCUCAUGUUGUUCCAAACCCCCAUGAAUUUCUAUCUUCCUUUUAGUUUUUGGCAGAAUGAUGGCCUCAGUCACCAUUCACCUUCACUGUACCUUUUUCCAUACAAAGAGAAUGGAGACUCAACAUACUGCCUAAUAUCUCCUUUGGUGUUCUGUAUAAGAUAGAAAGUCAAAUGGGUUGUGUCAACAUGAGCGUGAAUAAAUGAUGACUGAAUUUCUGAAGUUUUCCUUUAAGCAGACACACACAGCAUUAUUUAUGUUUUGUUAAUACUUUCAUGUUUCUACUGAAGUCUCUGGAAGUAAAAGUAGUAAAGAAGUCAAAUGUAAUGGAUAAGUGUUAUUACGAGUUGUUUAUUAACACACACCCCUUCAAAACUUCUUAGGAAUCAGCGCUCCUAUGAGCUGUUACAGGAAGUGAUGUCACUCAAAUGUGUUUUUUGCUCUCCAACAUCAACAGAAAUGGUGCUUAAAGAUAAGAAAGAAGACAGAGAAAAUAUAUGGCUCUUUUUUGCUUGCUAAUUUAAUUUAGCACUCUUCUGUGUUCCUGAUGAGGGAGAGUUUUGUUGUUUGUUCCAGGAGUAUAAUUAAAGCAAGAGGGAACUAUGAAUAAUUAAUGUUUCUUUAAGCAAAUUAACCGAAGGCUUUUCUCUGAAAUCCAUUACUCAAGUGAACAGGUGAACAAAUGCCGCAUCAUGACGUGCUUCAUUGCGCAAGUAUUUUUAGCAAGUAGUUGCUUCUUCCUUGUGCCUUACAGUAAAAUGUUUCUCCAUGAGAUUGCACAA